AUGGCGUCUUUGCCCAACGCGUACCUCCCGAUCGAUUGGUUUCCAGAAUAUCAGACAUUUUCGUACCAAUUCGAUUAUGUCACUGUCAUCGUUAUUUUAUCAUUCAUUUGUUUCGUUCCAUCUGUUUUUGCCACUGUUCAAAUGAUUUUGUUUUACCUGAAAACCAGCACUCGAAAUGGUUCAAAAGAGAUUCAUCCAUAUGUAUUCAAGUCAUUUCUCUGUAUGCAGUUCUGCAAUAUAAUUGCUACAGCUCUCGAUUACAUUGUCAACAGAAUUUCAUACACAACACUGGUUACUUCUUAUAUUGCUACGAUGAAAUCUGAAAUCAUCAUAAGAUAUUUAGUCGCUGCACUCUAUGCAUUCAUUUACAUGUCUCAAUUAUAUACAGUCUUGUUCUGUUUCAUCAGAGUAUUGGUUCUUUUUAAUCCAAGAACUCACUCAGAGGUCAGGCGUCUGCAAACCAUUGGAGACGCUGUGUUCUCUUCGAUUGUUACUUUUUGUAUAAUCACGACGGCAUUAUUGAUGAUCAUCAAAAUGAAGACUCUGAAAUUAGUUGAUCAAAAUUCGAAAUUGAAGGCAAAAGCAGAAACAACACUGAAAAUCACAAUGUGCAUUAUUCUGCUACCAUCUAUGAUGACUCAAGUUUUUGCUCGUCUACAAAGCAUCGGGGACGUUGUGUUCUCUUCGAUUGUUACUUUUUGUAUAGUUACGAUGACGUUAGUGAUGAUCUUCGAAAUGAAGACUCUGAAAUCAGUUGAUCAAAAUUCGAAACUGAAGGCAAAAGCAGAGACAACACUGAAAAUCACAAUGUGCAUUAUUCUGAUACCAUCUAUGACGACUGAAAUUUUAAUUAUCACAUGUUUCUGGGCAUCAACAUAUGCUAGCUACAUGAUACUUGCUCGGCCUAUUCUUGUGGAUUGUCGAGUGAAUAUAGUCUCUUGUUACUUCUAUUGGACUCAUCCGUGUUUUAAGCAACAGGCAGUAUUGAAACAUGUGAAUGUGAUGGCUCUGAGCACAAACUGA